AUGACGCGCGAUCUGACAACACGAAAUGACCUGAAAGAGAUCGUUGACAAGUACGACACGAUCUUGUUUGAGUAAGCUCGGCCUCUGCCUCUUUUGCGCUCGCGACAGCUUGUUCGAUGGCGUGGUCUCGCUUGGUCAGGCCGACAUGGACAAGUCCAAAGGGUAGACGAGGCGAUGAAGUGAGGGAAGCUAUCUUGCACGAACUAACAUUCGCCGGUCCACGCCUAUCCAUAGCUGCGAUGGAGUGAUCUGGGAGCACCUCGACCAAAUCUCCACCGGCGAUUACGACGAUGCGAUCGUACGCGCCGAAGGUGAAGAGCGGACUACCAUGUUUCUCUGGCACCUCGUCAUCGUGGUGGAAGAAGCAGUUGGGUCACGUCGGCCGACGAAUUCGAUGAUUCGCGCCAAGUCGUCGUUCAACUUGACGAGUCCGAGUCGGGCCUGGCGGACGAGUCGGACGAGUCAUACUCGGCGGCGGAUGAAGGUUAGUGCUUUGUUGUUGUGACCGUUUCAGUACAUUAACUUCCACUAAGUCUUUGAAGCUGGAAAUUCUUCGAGAUCCUAUAGAAGUAAUCGAUGAGGAGGAUACCGACGCCCGAGGCGCGCAAGAUGACCUAGGCGACGAUGAAGUGGAAGGUGAGUUGACUGGGAUGUACGAAUAUGACGAAGGUCAUUUUUUUCAAGAGUAUUUAUUCCGACUCUUGAUCUACCGGAAAGAACAAGAAACACGCGAGAGAAAGAAGAGAGCGGAGCAAGAUAAGCGCGACGAGCAGAAGUUGCGCAAGACGACCGCUCGGAGCGGGAGAAGGACUGGCCGUACGACGUCACCUCGUCAUCCGCUGGCUGCGGUGGAACGUAAGACGACGACUAAAAAGAAGACUACUACGGCGGCUCGUCGGACGACGGUCGAUCGGCGGAAAACGGUGGCGCCUCGCGCGACGACAAAAACGCGCAGUCCGAGAAUCAGGACCAACACUCGAGCUCGGACGGAUGGCGUACGAAAUCCCACGACCACUCCCCGGCGGACGACAACUACCUCUCGGCGCCCGACGACGACGACGCCCAGGAGAACUACGACUACUUCUCGGCGCCCAACGACGACGAGCAGUCGACGGCCAACGACGACAUCCAUUCGCCCACCGACCACCGCACCGACGACGACGAAGCGUGCAACGACCCCGAGUUCGACCAUUAAAUCCAAGUCGACCACCUCUUCUGCUACGCGGUCAAAGACGACAACCACUAAGCCUGUGUUGACGACAACUUCAUCAAGUGCCCUAAAGACGACAUCGACCACCUCGUCAUCAUCUACCUUUUCGAAGUCGACGACUUCCACCCCGACCACAACUUCUGGUCUGCCCGCUUCUACGCAGGGCGCCGGCAAUUCGUCCUCCGGCACCAAUUCGACCCUCCCUGGCCCGGGCAAGGUGACGCUCAACUGCACGACCAUCAUCACCUUUGUCAACAACACCACACCUGUUUCGAAUGCGACCCUGGCCCCAAAUGGAACGGCGAUGAAUGGGACUGAUGUCAACCCCGUCGGUGCAAACGUGACGGUGUGCGUGCCGAUCACGAACACCACCACGAACGCAACCAUCCCACCCGUCGUGGUUCCGAGGUACCCUUGCAACUCGACGAACAGAAUACCAUCCGGCUUCGAUGGGACCGCUGUUGGAUUCGCCAUGACCUGCAAAGCACGGUACUGCGAUCCCAACGACCAAUACGUGGAUACGAUUUGGGGUGGUACCGAUGGCAACGUAACACGGUCGGAGAUUGAAAGUGCUCUUGGCCUACUGGCCAAGAUCCCGCCCGUACUGGCCAACGGAAUCGGCAACGUGCUCGCAAAUGGGUACCUCGGUGAAGCAUCCAGGACGGCAGGGCAGAUGUACCAGGUCACAGGAGACCGACGUGCUUUGGACUUGGCGUUGCAGAUGGCCGAAAAGUAAGCUGGCAACCUCGGAUGAGUCGCGGAAAUACUCGUGCUGAUGUUCUGAUUUUCGUCGGUCGCAGCAUGCAUUUCCUUCAGAAUGAUCCCGUGAACGGUACGGUGAUGUGGACCGGUCUCCGUGACCCCGUCUGGCCUACAGGUGUACGUACCACUUUUCGUGACUCUGUGAUUGUGCGCAGCGAUUUCGAUCGCCAAUUUCUACACGUGCUCCCGGCUCACGCUGAAACAAUUCCUCCUCUAUCAUUCCAGCCCCCGCCGCCUAAUAACAAAGCCAAGUUGCAAUAUGCUGGCAGUGAGAAUGGCUACAUUGUCGCAAACAUGUCAGUUCUGUUACACGACGUAAUCUGUGCACGACUUACAAGCGACUGAUCAAGUCCUUUGGUGGCUGCUUGUUGUUCAUAGGGUCCUUCCGGCCCUGUACAUCCUCAAACAGCCGUGCCUUUGGGACAUGACACCCACUCGAGUCGGUGGAUGGACAGGCCCAUCAAAGUUCAACGGCAACGUCACGUAUCUCGACCGUGCUAGAGGGCUGAUCGCUGCCGGGCGACGGUGAGUCGCUGGCCGGAGUCCAGCCAAUACUGUGGCUGACGAAGCUGAUGCUCGCUCGUUGUCCGCUCAUAGUACCUAUGACGCAUACUUUCUACCCUGGUUCUUCGACAAUACGGGAAACGUGAUUCAGCCGAACGAUGCUCGAUGGAGCCGAGUCGGAGAUACCGGUAGCAUCAACGGGGCCGGUAACCCCAUGGCUUUCAAUCGACGAGCGUUGCUCCUGGAUGGGAUGUUGAAACUCGCCUCCGCGUACGAGCACCCGAUGUUGUUCGACCCGUCCGUAACGGCAUCCUACGACGAGCUCAUUAGAGUGAAUCUCAAAACGUUCGUCAACGACAUGGAGCAGACGAGCACCCUCAAUGGCACGCUUCCUUCCUACGAUUGGGAUUACGUCGUCGGUAGGAACAAUACCGAGGAGGUUCGCGGUAUUCAUGGCUGGUUCGACGUGUAUUGGUUCUUCAUGGCAUGGCAACGCAACGCCGCUUACUACAACAUGACGACGAGUCUAAUGACUUCGCUUGCGAAUACGAUGCAAUACACCAUCUAUCAAGGCAGCAGUGAGUUCAUAGUCUAUGCUAUGGCGCCGGAGUGUGCUUUCGCUGACGCGCAAAUUUCUCCGUUGCCCCUAGACACCUUCUCCGCCUACGUCGACGGGCAUUCAACUGCAGCGGAUCCUGCUGUCACGGUUCUCUCUGGCGGUGAGUCUCCGUAGCGCGGAGAUUUUCUGAGGGCUCUUGGUGCAAGCUGCGGUUGCUGACUCGGAGUGUCAUCAUGCUGCUCUAGGCUGGGCAUACUAUGCGUACUGGCUUCCGGGAUGGUUCGGUACGGUCGCAAGUGCCAACUCGGUCAACUUCAUGAAGGUACCAAUGUACUCUAUCCCCCUCAUCUGGAUCAAGAACGCUAUCGCGACCAACAACUGGCUCACAGGGGUCGAGACCAUGAGUGAUCGGACCAUCAUACUACCUCUGCCUUUCCCCGGACCCACGGCCACCUCUACUACCCCACUCCCCACGUCCACGACUUCGACCAGCACCUCCUCGAAGACGAGCACCUCGACCACCAGCAUGUCAACAUCAAAUACGAGCAGCUCGACAUUGACGUCAACGUAG